AGAAGUGGACGGUUGAAAGUGGACACUGAAAAAAAUUAUUAUAAAACUCUAACUUGGUCUUAAGGUCAGUGGCAAUGAACUCCUGAUGUUGCUGGUUGGUUGAAUUAAAAUAAUCGUAUAAAAUCACGUGAUUGUGAUCGCGGUCCACGAUGAACUUCCACAGGAUACAAAGGAUGUUGGGUUUUUUUUAUCGAGCUUGUUGCGCCUAAUCUCUCCAUGUACAAUAUAUAAUAAGCAAAGUAUAUUUGUCUUGUUAAAAAGCCAUAGCUGACUUUAGCUGUUUUAAAUCGCCCAGUCUUUUGUUUAAGCAUUUCCUCUUUGUUUUUUCCCUUACAUAGAUCUCCCGGUAUUUCAGUUUUUCUCUUUACAGUUUCCUCUCUCUCUCUCUCUUACACAAAGACAUGGGUUCUAACGCUUCAGAAGUUGCUCUUGAUUUGUUUCCCUACCUUAAAGUAUACAAAGACGGAACCCUUGAGAGAAUCGCCGGAGUUGAAGUAGUUCCCCCUGGACUUGAUCCUGAAACUAACGUUUUAUCCAAAGAUAUCGUGAUCAUACCCGAAACCGGCGUCUCAGCCAGGAUUUACGGACCCAACUUGCCUAGUAAAGAUCAAAAGCUACCUCUUGUAGUUUAUUUUCAUGGUGGAGCCUUUUGUGUAGCAUCGCCAGCCUUUCCAAAUUACCAUACCAGCCUCAACAAGCUCGUUGCUGAGGCUAACGUCAUAGCUCUUUCAGUCGACUACAGGUUAGUCCCGGAGCAUCCUCUUCCUAUUGCAUAUGAAGAUUCUUGGGCUGCACUUCAAUGGAUAGCUUCCCAUAAGGAGGAAGAUGGCAACCAUGAGGCUUGGAUCAAGGAUGAUGUUGACCUUGAUCAGGUGCUUUUGGUUGGUGAUAGUGCUGGGGCAAAUAUUGGACACCACUUGGCUUUGCGGAUCAAGGAAUCGGAUCUGGGUCAGAACUUGAAGAUUCUUGGUAUUGGUAUGAUCCAUCCCUACUUUUGGGGAACAAACCCUAUUGGAUCAGAGGUUACUGAUAGGUUCAGGAAAGAAUUAGUCGAUAAGUGGUGGCUAUACGUUUGUCCAUCUGAUAAAGGGUGUGAUGAUCCGCUAAUCAACCCGUUUGUGGAUGGAUCCCCUGAUCUUUCACGCUUGGCAUGUGAUAGAAUCCUUGUUAUUGUUGCAGAGAAGGAUAUACUCAAGGAUAGAGGGAGGUUUUAUUAUGAUAAAUUGGUGAAAUCUGGGUGGAAGGGAAAGGCAGAGAUUAUGGAGACAGAAGGUGAGGAUCAUGUUUUCCAUAUCUUUAACCCUGACUGCGACAAGGCCAAGAGCUUGAUCAAACGCUUGGCUUCUUUCCUAAACCAAGGGAAGGCAGCUGUUGAGUGAAAGUGUGAAAAAUAUGGGGUUAUCCUGUAAUAAAAUAAGUUCAAGUGCGAUUGAUAUCUAGCUAGAUUCCCAUCCCAAGUACCCGUUUGCCAAGAUUUGUUUUCCAUUAAUCAUGAUAAAUUAAAGUACUUUUUUAAUGGUCUGUGUCCUACAUGCGACAUGAUUUCAUUUUCUCUCUUCUUUUUCUAAGAUUUGCUCACUCUAGAAUGAUUUAAUUGGCAUGAAGGAUAAUCAAUCAUGCUCACUCUAGAAUGAUUUAAUUGGCAUGAAGGAUAAUCAAUCAUUUUCAAAGAUAGUACCCCUGUUGCUCAACCCAUCAUGACGUGAGUUCUUGAGCAAGAAAUUCGAAUGCAAAUCAGGCAACCGGCACUUGUUAAGCUUGCCUUUCCUUUUUAAAAGAUUUUAUCUAGCCCUUCAAAAUGAAGAAUCUGACAACACUGAAAAUAAUUAUAGACACAUUAAACAAGCUAAACUGCGAAAUGAAGAAUCUCAAAACCUGCCGAAAAGCAAGUUAAACAAACUAAAACAACAUCCUCACACUCCCACGUAUGCACAGAGAGAGAGAGAGAGAGAGAGAGAAACAAUCAUCACAGUUUUAUUGAGGCAACUUGAUAGUCACUUUGAAUUUUCGCAAAGAUGAAGACGGUGCACUUAACCAACAAUCUAUAGUAUCCAUGUAGAUGCAACUAGUGAACUUUAAAAGAGUAUAUAG